AUGGCAGCUAACCAUGAGAGCGUUGCGCAAUGGCAAGAUGCGUUGUUGCUUCAUGUCGUCGACCGAUUAGCUCGGGAUAGGGCAGAUGCCAAGUAUGGCGAAUGGGUUACCAGCUCCAGUGUAAUCACCAUUACCUACGCACAGCUUGCCAACAUCAUUAAUGGUCUGGCUUGGUUGCUUGUGGAACAGCUUGAUGGCCCUGGUAGCUAUGGCGCUCACGCCGAGGUUUUGGCAUAUGUUGGUGCGAAUGAUGUACACUACUCGGCGUUGGUCCUUGCUGCCAAUAAAGCUGGUUAUACGGUUCGUAUACUUGUUAUUGUCUCUGUCUUGGUUAAAUGUACUGACAUGCGUAUGAUUCUUAGAUAUUUGUAACUUCACCCCGAAACAGCCCGUCUACCGUGCUUUAUUUGAUCGACUAAAAUGCCGCACUUUGAUUAUAUCAGACCCUAUUCCACCGCCUGCUAAUGCUAUUUUUGAUGCCGUCAAACCACUACAUAAUUUUACGGUGUCGUCGGUUGAAGAGCUUCUGAUCAAGCACUACCCGGCUUACACAUUGAACAAGACCUUUCAAGAGCUGCGACAGACCCCUAUGGUCGUAAUGUAAGGCUUGCUAUGCGUUCUAGUUCUUCUUUACAGCUAACAAAAUCUCUAGGCAUACAUCUAGGAGCACAGGAUUACCCAAGCCUAUUAUUUGGACACAUGAAACAUGCACACAGGUUUUAAAUACCAAUGGAUGCCAGACUCCGGCGAAAUUCCUUCUGUAAAAAGCUUGAUCAGUGGUAAGCGUAUCAUUGUAACGCUACCACCAUUCCAUGUAUGUCAUUCUAAGUUGAUUAGAAGACUGAAGCUAAUAAAUUUUGUAGGGGCGCUCUCCUGAUUGAGCCAGUUUUGGAUUUACCUCUUACAACAGCAGAACAGGCUGCUCUUAUAGAGCGAAUAUGGCCGAGUAUUGAAGAGAGUAACCGCACUGCUCCAGCUCAUGCACGUGUUGAAAAAUCUUUCGUUCUCGUCAUUCCCAUGGACCGCCGCCUAAUUCGUGCUCCCAAGGGAAUUUUUAUGCGUGGUGCUAAUAUCAGCCUGUACACCGAAGAAAUUGAGAAGCUUUACAAAAACGUAGAUGUGUUGUCGACUAACAACGAUGAUUUGACUAGCGAUACAAGGCAACAUGUCGCUCCAACAGGUCUUGACGGAACUAUGCAUCUUGUCCGGCAACAAAUCCUUGCUGUAACAGAUUGGCCAAGUCUCGACAAUGAUGACAAUCUCUUCGACCGUGGUAUGGAUUCACUCCAAGGUCUCCAGCUAAUGCGUACUUUACGACGUAUCUUUUACCAUCCUGAUUUUGCCCUUUCCUUUCGACUGUCUAUCAAAACCCCACCGUAUCCCAACUGGUAGCCGCCAUUGUUACACCUAAUGGAACUGUUCAAAGUGAACGGGGGUCUGUGGAAGGUUUACUUGCUACAUACCGCAAACUCAUACAUCAUAUACCAGUAUCUAAAGAGACAGCUGAGCCCAAGCAGGCAUCUGAGCAAGUCAAUGUCCCCUUGACCGGGCCUACAGGCAUCGUAGGUACUCACUUAUUGCAAGCACUACUUAGCCGCGAUAGAAUUGCACGCAUAUUUUGCUUGAAUCGUGGCGAAGACGGCGGGAGAGACACACAAUACAAAAAUUUCGUUGCAGCUAGACUCCCUACAAGCCAACUUGACAAACGUGUUACUUUUAUCAAAGUCAAUGUCGAGUCACCAUUCCUAGGUCUAUACGACUCGCUACGUUCAGAGGUCAAUCUCAUUGUCCAUGCAGCAUGGCCCGUCAAUUUUAACCUGGUACUAUCUGCGUUCCGUCCACAGCUUGCCACGUUGGUAAACUUGUUCACUCUAGCUGCUUCUGCUACUUCUCCCACAGUACGGUUCAGUUUCAUAUCAUUAAUAGCCGCUGUGGAGGGACAUAGAUACGGUCCAGCUCCCGAGCAAAUCCUCGAAAGCCUCGAUACACCUGCACCUGGGACAGAUCUCCGAUAGCCUUGGUCCAGGGUUUAACAAUGUCGAUUUUGUGCCUGUGGACUUGUUGAGCGAUAUACUAGUUGACCUGGCUACGGCUGUAACGACACGAACAGCCGAUAACGCUGCGACGGUGUUCAAUCUGCGGAAUCUGCAGCUGGCGUCUUGGAGCACGUUGUUGUCUGCUAUUGUGGCAAUACAGCCGCUUCAAAUAGUGUCACCUGCGACAUGGCUGGCUAGUUUGCGAGCGAGCAGCAAGGCAGAUUAUGAGGAUGUGGCGGCGAACCCGGCUGUUAAAUUACUUGAUUUCUUUGAAAGCUUGUGGGCGAUACACGCGGAUACUGAGAAAGUGUCAGUGCAGCUUAUGGUGGUGGAGAAGGCUCUCGAAGCAAGCCCUGCCAUGCGAAAGCUAGAUGCUGUUAAAGUGGAAUGGAUGCAUAAAUGGGUUGAAGAAUGGGUGGCUGCGAGGAAGUGA